AUGAAACAUAUAACAACCAAAAAAUCUGACAACCAAAAGCAUUUUAAAAACUUAACAGAUCAAAACGAAUGCACAGUAUCUGCUGCUAGAAAUGUUAUAAUUAACAAUCAAAAGCAUAAACCAUUUAAUUCAAAUCUUGAACGUGUAUCAGAUAUUGUUCAAAUUCAUGAUUCAGAACAAUUUGAUAUGCCUAGUACAAAUGUAGUCACGUUCAAAGCUGAUAUUCAUGGUGAGAACCAAAGGCAUUUAAAAGAUAGUAAUAAUCAAAAUAAUAACAUGGUAAAUUCAGCUAGUAAAGAAAGUAUCAAGCUAAUAAAUAAAGAGUUGUAUACAAUUCUCCCACAUGACUUUGAAAGCAUUGUUCUACAAUAUAACGUUCAAGAAUCAAGUGAUGUGGUGUUCGACAAAAAUAUGAUGAUAUCGGAGUUUGAAAGAAGCAAUGUUUAUUAUGAUGAUAUAGAACUUUCGUCGUUAAAUAUUAGUGAUGAAACGAUUAUUGAUUCAAAUAAAUGUGAUGAUGUAAUUAUAACAAGGCUUAACAAGAGCAAUGAUGUGAUUAUUAUAUCUUUAAACGAAAAAAAUGAAGACAUGACGCAAAGUAAUGAGAAUAGUGAAAUGAUGAACAAUUCUUCUAAUAAAGAGAAUACAACAAAAAUAUAUGGUUCAAAGAAACGUAAACUUUCUUCUUUGCGCCCAUGUGAUGCCAGUAAAUCCAAAAUAAAAAUAGAAGCUAAUAAACAAAAACAUAAUAGAAAAUAUCAGCAAUCACAAUCUAAAUCCAUAAGAUGUGCCAUCACUCGUACUUUGAAAUGCCAUGAAUGUAAAGCUCAGAUUCCGUUUACUAACAGUAUGAGAAAAUGCAUAGCCUGUAAAAUGUUGUCUUGUACCACAUGCGCUGGCAGAGAAAUAAUUGGUUUUGAUGACUAUAUCUGCGAUACUCGUUUUGGAAAGGAUGAUUUAAAUUAA